CUUGCAGUGUCACAGUACAAGAUGAUGCCAAGCGUGUUUCACUUCGACGAUUAUGAUGAGUGUUUGCGCGAUGUUCCCAGUGGUCCUGGCGUUUACUGCAUGGUGAAGGCGGUUAUCCAGCCAAACGAGUCGUCCCGUGUCUGGAACGUGAUCGCUGACUACUCCAGUAACUGGAAGCAGCAUCUAAACCACGCGCAUCUCGACCGAGGUCUCUGCCUGCAAACGUGUCUCCAAAAACUGGCGACUCUCGAGCGGAACAAUGUAACCCGGGAAGUGCUAGAUGCGUUGGUGGUACCGAAGUUCAAAAUAGAUUUUCCGUACAUUAUUAAAAAUGGAACGUUCCGUGACGUCAUCGAGUACCGGCGAAAUUAUUCCGAAACGUUCUCUAAAUGCAUCAACCAUGAGUUGCAACAGAACCAUGGACUGCAGGCAUACACAGAAAUUGAAUACUGCGAUAGUAACAAGAAAUCGUAUCCGAUUGACAAUUUGGAAAUUGCCUUCCUUGGUGCACUGGGACUUCUUUUACUGGCAGUUGUUUCCUCCAGUUGGUACGAUUACUGUUGCGAAAAAGGGAACGGAUUGUCGCACUACCGGACCGAGCUUCCCAGUAAAGUAUCUAUGGCGUUCGUUUCGUUCUCAUUCAUUCGCAACUGGUACAAACUCACCACGAGGCAGGACGACUCGUUCAGUCGCUCGAUGAGAUUCGUGCAUGCGCUGAGGUUUGGGUUUUUCUCCGUGAUCAACAUGGGACACAACGUUUUCGUGGCACAACCACGAACGGCUAAGAUUGUAGAGGAUAAGUACCAUCUAGUCAGCACCAUGGUGGUCGCUAACGGUUUCCAUAUCGUUACCAGUUUCUUCGUCAUUGGUGUCUUGAUGUUGAUCCUUUCGCUCAUCACAAAGCAGGAGAAAUCAGGACGCAAACUAGGAUUGAGGGACAUCAUCAUGAUUUCGAUUGCGCGUUACGUGCGAUUAACUCCGGUGUACGCUUUCAUCAUGUUUCUGGAAGCAACGUGGCUUGUGCGGUACUUGGAUGGCCCGUUGUGGCGUAAAGGAUUUGAAACGGGUCGAACCUAUUGUCGGAGGAACUGGUGGGCUAAUUUGUUGUACAUUAACAACUACUAUGCCACCGACGAACCGUGUAUGCAACACACCUGGUACCUGGCAGCAGACUUCCACAUGUUUUUGUACGGUCUAGUAGUUUUUGCAGUGGUCUCUAGAUGUCCGAAACAGCGAAACUACAUCCUAUCGUUACUAUUACUACUCUGGUCCAUGAUUGCGGCCAUUGUCGUGUACAUCCACGGAUAUGAAGCUGCAACGAUUGUUUCUCCCGAAUCCCUUCGGUUUCUUUUUUGGUACUGGGACAUGUAUCACGAUACCUAUCUUCCAACCCACAUGAACCUGGUGAAUUAUACGGCUGCGAUAAUGGGUGCCUUCUUCAUUAUCUAUCUCACGAAAAAGAAAUUUCAACCGACCAAGAUGUUCACAAUUCUCUGGUUCCUCGGAAUCGUUGCCAUACCGGCCUGGUUUAUGUUCGGUUUCUUGAUGUACAACCAGGAUUUUGAAACACCUUCCGCGUGGAUGGCCAUAGCGUUUCCGCUCGGGCGCAUUUACUAUACGGCCCUGAUAGUGCUGUUCAUCAUCGGGUUCAUCUUUCCUGCGUCCAGAUUCUGCCUGCGUCUGGCCAAUAUCCACUUUUUCGGCAUCCUUGGCCGGCUGACGUACUGCGCUUAUCUUUGGCACUUUUUUAUCAACCGUGCCAUCGCGUACGGUACAAGACACACGAUAGACUUUCGACUAUUUGAAAUGACAAUGAUUUGCUGCGCUACGCUAGCGAUGUCCUACGUUCCUGCUUUGUUUCUAUGCUUGAUGCUGGAAUUGCCAUGCAUUUCGCUGCAGAAACUUCUUUUCGGAUGUUUCAGCGGGCAGCAAGGCAAAGAAAAAAAUACUCAUCUAAAGAGUAAUCUGCAGACACCUUCUAGUUUUAAGAAGGUUAGAACUGAUGACCAGAAGGACAACCCCGUGGAAAAGUUCUAUUCACGCUCGGUGGAACACGAAAAAAUGUAA